AUGCAUUUUGUUGAGGAAAAUAUUCCUGAUGGAAUGUUUGAAAACUUUACAUGUUUGAUUAUAAAUAGGCCAGAAAUAAAGAAACAAGAUAUCAACACUUCAGCUAUACUGACCUAUUCUUACCUCAGGAACAAUGAAGCUCAAAUCAGGUCAUUAAAGAAAGGUCAUGGCCGUUACUUACCUGCGCUAAACCUGAGCCAAAAAGUGGACAACUUGUACCUGUAUAAAGUGGCAGCAGAGGCUCUGGACCAGGUCGGUGUCCGACAUUUUCUCGUGGCUGGCUCCCUCCUGGGGCUCAAGAGACACGGGGGGUUCGUCCCCUGGGACGACGACCUUGACAUUGGUGUGGCCAGUGUCCAUUGGGAAGUGGUCAAGAAAACGUUGUCGUGUAUUGAAGGCUUUAGGAUCUGGCAGAAAUUGAGCUACCACUGGAAGUUUUUAUACACCAAUAUGUCGUAUCCUUUCGUGGACAUUUUCUUUUACCAGAUGGACAACUCGUAUGUAUGGGCAGACAACUCGGUCACCCGUAGAACUUUUAUUUACCCGACCCACUUGGUUUUCCCAUUAACCGAGGACGUGUUUGAGGGCGUCAGGGUGCCUGUACCACGUGACAGUCUGGCCCUGGUCAAGAGGAUCUACGACUAUGACGUGUGCGCGGCGUAUGCUGGUCAUAUACUGAGAUCUAUGAUUUGCACCGACCAGUACCCGUAUGGACAUUAUGUUAAAGCUACAUACUGCAAGGAUUUAUCCUACAUGUACAAUAUGCAAGACAUAUCAUAA